AUGGCAGUAAGUAACCUUCGCGGUGGCCAAGGCGCAAUUCUCCGUGCGGCACACUGGAAUCUUGGAGACGCUCGCAUUGCAAAUUGUGAGGAUGCGAUAUGGAGCGGCUGGCGCGGCUGGCGUCCGUAUUGGACAAUUGCACGACGUCGCUGGCCGUGCUCGAAUGUAUCAGCGGCGUGUCCACAUGAGGUUGAGACGGUGCAGUACAUUACACAGGUGCACGCGGAGGAUGGGCAGCAGGCCAAGUCGGCUUUGAGGGAUGUGGCCGCGUAUGUGUUCGAUAUCAUACGUCUGCAUGUGCCUCAUGGCUGGCCCCUGGCAUUCCUGCUCCGGGAAUGCGUGGCUGUGCCCAGUGCGCGCGCCAACGAGGUCCUGCAGUCGACGUCGGCGGCAUACGGCUGCGAAAAGCAUGUGCCAUGCGGCGUCACGGCGAUGGACUUCAUUGGCAGGAGUGUCCUGGGCAUCGUGGUGCAGGCGUUGGCCAGCACGCGCACCUGGGCUGCAGAGCAGGGACUGCUUCGGAGGGCGGAGCAUGGUUCGCCCACCGGGGACGGGCUGGUGUUGGCGGGCGGCUGCAUUCACAACGCGCUGCAGCCCUCAUCUCAGCGAUUGACGGUGGUGCAGGCCGAUGCGGACGUAUUCGUGGUGGUGAUGUACUCAACGGUCUCUGCCUCUUCUGGGCACGCCGCUGAUACUACAUUACACAGCACGGCGAGCGACAUCGUGCAAUUGUCCAUUACCGACGCCAACCGCGCCAGCCGCUCCAGAUCUGCGUUCGCCACCGCCUGCAGCAUUUCAAAGGGCUCGCUCACAACUUGCAAUGCGAGCGUCUCCAACAUUCCAGUGUGCAGACGGCAGCAACUGCUCUUGGGAAGCAUGGGAUGUCACGACGAGGACGUCCUACACGGCCCCCACACCAACGCCGAGUUCAACGUGCUCCUGUCCGAGGGCCGAAAGUACAUGGACGAGUUCCAGGCGCAGCACGGCGCCAAGCCCGCCAGCACGUUCUUGUACAACGUGACGGCGGAGAUACACGACAGGGACAUGCCGGACCGAAUGAUGGCCAUGCACGCGGCGGUCAUGCAGCUGUGGAUUGCAGCUGCCGGCAGCCUGCGUGCAGAUACAGCCAUUGAGCUAUUUUACGAUUACGGCAUGGAAGCCGGCACCGUCCUCAAGGCGGACCAAGACUUUGCACGCUCGGUGCUGACCGCUGCACAGCAGGCGCGAGCGUCGGGCGCCCUCCUGGCCACCACCACGCCAGCCAAGCGAGCCGCAACCAGCCCUGCCGAGCCACAUACCAGUGCCCCCGCCCGCACCUGGAUGAAGGACGACGCCCGCCGCUACCAACCCUUCCGAGAUCACUUCACCCUCACGCGCCUCAUGUCCACAGCCAAUCCUGCUCUGGCCCAAAAGAUGGAGGCCCUCUACAUCGCGCAGUUCAAGGCCCGGGGGCCGGGCGGCUACAAUGUGCUGCACGGGCCGCCUUCCGCCAGCCCGGCCUUCUCCGCCAUGAGCCGGCAACACGCCAGCAGCGCCCACACGCCCACUGCCGUCACAGUCCAAGACGAUGACGCCUCUGCCACGCUUGCCUAG